AUGAAGCCCCAGGAGCGACAUACCCUCGAUGACGAGGCCCAAUUGCAGGCUCUCGGGCACAAAGGCGAGCUGAAGCGCAACUUCAGUCUGCUGUCUAUGCUUGGGCUCGCUUUUGCCAUCUUGAACUCAUGGACAGCACUUUCGUCGUCAAUCGGACUGGCUCUGCCCUCUGGUGGAUCUACCAGCGUCAUAUGGGGACUUGUCACAGCCGGUAUAUGCAAUCUGUGCCUGGCCGCAUCGCUGGCUGAGUUUCUAUCAGCAUAUCCCACUGCUGGCGGACAGUAUCACUGGGUCGCCGUGAUUACGCCGCGGAAAUGGGUUCCCCUCGCCUCUUUCAUCACUGGUUGGAUCAACGUAUCCGGAUGGCUAGCGUUGACUACGUCUGGAGGCCUACUAGCUUCGCAGCUUAUUUCUGGCCUCAUCGCGUUAUACCAUCCCGAGUUCACACUGCACCCAUGGCAGGUCUGGUUGAUCUAUGUCGCUUGGACAAUCAUCGCCUUCGUCAUCAACGCCUUUAUGAACAACCUCCUACCCUACGUCAAUCGUGGCGCGUUCAUCUGGUCUAUCGGCGGUUUUGCGAUCGUCUGUAUUACAGUCCUGGCAUGCGCAUCUCCGGACUACGCCUCGGCGGAAUUUGUCUUCACCGAGUUCAUCAACGAGACUGGCUGGCCCGAUGGUGUCGCCUGGCUUUUGGGCUUGCUUCAGGGUGGUUUCGGUCUCACUGGCUACGAUGCCGUCGCUCACAUGAUCGAAGAGAUCCCGAACGCUUCGGUUGAGGGGCCAAAGAUCAUGAUAUACUGCGUCUGUAUCGGAACCGCUACUGGCUUCAUCUUCCUGAUGGUGUUGCUAUUCGUUUCCGGCGGCGAUGCAGAGGCUAUCAUCUCUGCGGCUCCCGGUCCGCUGCUACAAAUACUGUAUAACGCUACGAACAGCCGAGCUGGAGCAGCGUGUCUAUUGAUGUUCCCAUUGAUCUGCAUCCUCUUCGCGGAGACUGCCAUCAUGACCACAUCCAGUCGCAUGACAUACGCAUUCGCUCGGGAUGGUGGUCUUCCGUUCUCCAGAUUUUUCGCAAAGGUACAUCCACGACUCGGCCAACCGCUUAAUGCUCUAAUUCUGGCUGCAACUUUGACUAUUCUGUUCGGGUUGAUCUUGAUCGGAUCGAGCAGCGCUUUCAACGCCCUUAUCUCAGCAUCAGUCGUUGCCUUGGGUGUGAGUUACGCGAUACCUGUUGCGAUCAACGUCUGCCGCGGUAGGAAGAUGCUUGGACCUAGAGCCUUCGUUUUGCCUGGACCUUUCGGCUGGAUUGCGAACCUGAUCGGUAUCGCAUACACCAUUGUUACAACCGUCCUCUUCCUGUUCCCGCCCGAGUUACCUGUCUCCGCUUCGAGCAUGAACUACUGCGUCGUCGCUUUUGGCAUUAUUCUGUUCAUUAGCACCUUCCAAUGGUUCGUAGAUGGACGCAAGAACUUCACUGGACCUCGAGCCGAUGUGGGCCUCGAAGUCUUAGAAGCCAUGAAGAGCCACGAGCCAAAUGACGCCGCAGCUCAGCCUUCCAAGAUUGCCGACGAAGGAAAGGAUUUACAUUAA